AUGAAUCGCGCGGGGAUGCGGCGACUUUCGCUGCUGCAGGCGUCCGGGCGACGCGCCUUGUCGUCUGUAUCCCUUGCAACCACCAGAAGAUGGCCAAUUGCGUCAACAGGGCCAGCUCCCUCUCUCUCGCGGGUGCCAAGGGCGAGGCCAUUGAGCACCACAACACCGUUCAGGAAUGACGGUCAAGAUGAUGAGCAGACGGGCUCAUACAGCGAAGCUGACCACGAACAUGCCGUUAUUUCAACCUUUGAUCUCUUCUCCAUUGGCAUUGGCCCCUCUUCCUCUCACACUGUCGGACCCAUGCGCGCCGGAAACAUUUUCGUCAACGACUUGGUUGAAGCCAACCUCUUGCACAAGGUCAACAAGAUUCGCGUUUCCAUCUAUGGAAGUCUUGCAUUGACCGGCGAGAGCCACAUGACCCCCUCUGCUCUCCUCCUUGGUUUAGAAGGUGCUGAUGUCGAGACUGUCGACACGGGUUAUGUGCCCACGCGAUUCACCGAGAUCAAAGACACCAAGAAAAUUCAUCUGGGUCGCUGGCUCGCGAAAGAUGGCAACAAGGGAAGAGAGAUCGAUUUCGACUAUGAACGCGAAUUCGUCUGGGAAUGGGGUCGCAAGCUGCCCAUGCACAGCAAUGGCAUGCGCUUCACCGUCUUUGACAAAGAAGGCUACGUCUUGGCUACCAACGACAUGUUCAGUGUUGGUGGUGGCUUUGUCGUUAACGGUGCACUCUCCAUCGCACCGGAACAAACACUCUCACCGAAUGCCCCAGCUCAGCUUGAAGCGUCCGAUCCGCAGGCGGAACCCACCGGAAGACAUCCAGCUGACUUGGCCGAGAACAUGUACUACAAGGAAAUUCGGCGCUCUGAUGCCGCCGGAGAUCGCAAGACCGGUACCGAGAUCAAGCCUAUUGAAGCUGCCGCUGUUGAGCCGGCCGCACUUGUCGGCGAUGACUCGGCAAACAACCCCGAAGCCAAGACAGACAUUUCGACAGACGUCAAAUCCGAGACCAAGAGCACCACUUCUCCGCACCCACGGUACCCGUUCCGGGAUGCCGCUAGCUUGCUGUCACUAUGCCGAAAGCAUAAUCUCACCAUUGCGCAACUGGUCUAUGAGAAUGAGAAAAGUCUCGGCUACACAGAUGAGGACAUUUACCGUAAGCUGUUCAAGAUUUGGGGUGUUAUGGAUGCCAGCAUUCUGGAGAGCGUUCAAGCGCCCCCAGGCUCGAAAUUGCCCGGCUCUCUCAAGCUCCAUCGACGAGCACCAGCACUGUACCAGCGGUUGACGAGGGGAUUGUAUCCUUCUUCUGCCAGCGAGACGACAUCGGCUCGUCUUCAAAGCAAGUGGGCCUCACCCGAGGCAGAGGAGAGUGAUGAUGGAGCAUUGCCGUCCCCGACAGCUGUAUCCAAGACAUCUGCUGCUUCUAAUACACCCGAGCAAGUGAAGAGCAUAGGCAUUCGCAAACGCCAUCCUCCUCGUAUUCACGGCUCAUUGGAUCAUCCGAUCGCUCCGUCCCCAUCACGGCGGACUACGUUCCCGACCAUGGACUACUUGGCUGUGUAUGCCAUUGCGGUUAACGAGACCAAUGCAGGUGGCGGCCGAAUCGUCACCGCCCCCACCAACGGUGCUGCAGGCAUCAUUCCCGCUGUUCUUAAGUACACAAUCGAGUUCAUCAGCGAUGAUCUGGAGCGAGAUAUUCCCACGUUCCUUCUCACAGCUGCUGCCAUCGGCAUGCUGUACAAGCGUGGAGCUACCAUCUCUGCUGCCGAAGGUGGAUGCAUGGCUGAGGUGGGCGUGGCUUGUUCAAUGGCUGCUGGUGCAUUUGCUGCGUGCAUGGGUGCAAGCCCUGAGACGAUUGAGCAAGCUGCCGAAAUUGGUAUUGAACACAACCUCGGACUGACUUGCGACCCCAUCGGUGGACUUGUCCAAGCUCCCUGCAUUGAGCGAAACGCUCUGGGGGCCACAAAGGCCAUAUCGAGUGCCAACUUGGCUCUGAGCAGCGAGACUGGAACGCAGCGAGUGAGGCUCGACGAUGCUAUCCGGGCCAUGCGACUAACAGCCAAGGGAAUGAGAAACGAGUUCAAGGAGACGAGUCUGAGUGGGUUGGCGACAAGUGUGCACAUUAAUAUUCCAGUCAGCGUGCCUGACUGCUAG